UUCGGCACUUAUGAUACGGACGAUAUCUUUACCGUCGUGCUUAUAUUUCGAGUUUACGUUUACAUGUUAUUUGUUUUGUUACAGAGGGACGACCGGUCGCUUCUGGCACAGUUCUUUUUCGCCGACGACGCACUAAACAUGGUCGCGGCGGAGUUGGACUCGUUUGACGGGCGAAAAGACCCAGAAAGGUGUUCGACGCUCGUCAACCAGCUUAGACAUGCACAGGAUCGUGUGCUGAACAUCACGAGCCAGAUAAUGGACCAGCUCUUGGGAGACGAGCGCGUGGCUCGCGGCUUUCGGGUCAAGUUCCCCGAAGACGUGCUGCAGGACAAUCUCGCUGGACAACUCUGGUUCGGAGCAGAGUGCCUCGCCGCGGGCUCAUCGAUAAUGAAUCGCGAGGAGGAAUCUGCAGCAAUGCGCCCGCUGGCAAAGGCCUUGACUCGCAGCUUAGAAACUGUGCGUUCUUUGCUCAGGGAACAAUGUCUUCGACCUCGAGGUAUGGCGCUGUCGCAACACGAUGACAUGCUACAUGAAAGUCUCAGGAUAUUUGACAGAUUAUUUGCCGAGUUCGAGUUAUGUUAUGUAAGCGCUAUGGUAAAUGUGAAGACGCCGCACGAGUUCGAAGCGCAGCAGCUGAUAUGCGUGUUGUUCUCCGAGAGUUUACGGCGGGCGCUCAAACAGAACUUACUCGUGCAAGAACAGGUGGACUCUUACGACCCUGCGCUAAUGUUCGCAGUGCCGCGGUUGGCUAUAGUCAGCGGAUUGCUCAUCUACUCAAGCGGGCCGCUUAGUAUUGACAAACCGCCAGAGGAGAUGUCGGACAUGUUCCGUCCGUUCCGCACGUUGCUGCACAAGAUCCGCUCGCUCCUGUGGACGCUGGACCGGCGCGAGCUGAUGGCUCUCGAGCGACUGCUGUGCACCAACGAGGACAUCUCAAACCUCGCCGGCCUCGACCUACCCGCAGACCCAGAAACAUCAAACGACUGGUCGUGCCCUUAUCCAGAUAUUGGGGAGUUUGUAUCGAGGUUCUAUACCGAUCAUGCUAACUGCCGCGAACUUUACUCAACUCAAAGCAGUUCAUGUGACCCGGUGAUAUCGGACGGCGACUACUUGCCCGACAACAUAGAGGUGAUGACGCCCAUCCUGGACGGGCUGCGGCGCCUGAGCGAGGACGCCGCCGACGCGGACUGCGCCAGCGACACCGGCCACGCGCUCGACAGGACCAGGAAGACCAGCAAGACCGAGAGCACUGACCUCUCCUCCCUCCGCAACCUCUCCACCAACGGCCUCAUGAUGUUCGACCCGCUCGUCAUCAACGCCGUGUCCGCCACCACCAGCGACACCAACCGCCAGCUCCCCAACCACGACCUCGUCACCUCCCUUAACGAACAAGUCACAGAGAUCGCCGACAGACUGUCUUCCAUAGCGGCCAGCGACGUCGACAUCAUAGAUCACAAUCAAAUGCACUAUUUCUCCACAAACGAUGUACCGACACUCAUAUCGACAGAAGACUCCGAAGCGUUCGGCUUCUCCGGCCCUAGAAACGAACAGUUAAGCUGUAUGCCUUCCACGAGUCACGGGUACUUAAUACCCAACGCGAUAAGUCAUGAACCCGCGGUAUUGUCUUCGCUGUCACACAACAAUUCUGCGGUGUUUAAUCAAGAGGAUGAGUUGGGCAACGAUGUGAACAGUGCAAUAUUAAACUCUGAUCUCCCGCUAAUUAUCCCAGAUAAUAUUGACGCGGAUAUAGUUAAUACAAAUAUAUCUAUUGCUAACGCUAAUUUAAGUUCCCUGCUACUAACCAAUGAGGAGUAUAAUAAUUUAGUUGAUAACGAAGCCGCAGACGGUGAUAACACGAGUUUCCAUUCGGCUAAGAUGACGCUAGACAGAGAGGACGAAAGGGUUAAGUUUAUGUUAGGUUACGAGAGCGACCACGAGUCCCCGGUCGACUCGGGCGUCAGUACUGAAAAUACUAGUUUAGAUAGAUCGCCCGACACCGACCAGAGUAAAGACAUCAAAGAUAAUCAUUUCAUGCAACAGAACAGGGUACUAAAGAGUCCGGAUACGGAGGCAGACGACGACAAGCACACCAAAAAUACGUUAGAAAGUUCCUUUUCCGAUGUAAAUAAUGACGUCACUGUAAAUAUUAAUUACGUAGAAGAAGAUAGCAGUAAGAACGAAGCGGGCUCCUCCUCGGCGAUUAUCGACAAAGUUAUAAAUAGGUUAAGUUCUGACGAGGAGGGGCAGAGCGAGGCGGCGCCUGAGAGCGGGGCAGGGCGGCGCGCGCGGCAGGCCUGGCCCCCGGGGGCCCCGCGCCCCGCCUGGCCCCCGGGGGCCGCGCGCCCCGCCCGGGCCCCGGCGCGCGCGGCCCCCGCCUGGCCCCCGGGGCCGGCCCCGCCCGCGCGCCGCCGCAAGCCCCGUCUGUGGUCGCCCGCCGUGCUCAUACUCGACAGCCGCCCCGCACAACACCAGCCCACUCCACUCACACUCAACCUGGACCACUUUGUGGAUGAAAGUGGUUCGUCGUGCGGGGCGUCAGAAUGUGCGGACGACGAACAGAUAGCGCUCGCUCUACAGGCGCAAGAACUCGCGGCGAGACAACAUGCCCGAGGAAAAUUCAAAUCGAGUGAAGACCUCAUCCAUCGUCUGUUCGUAUGCAUCGCGGGUGUCGCCGACCAGUUGCAGACGAACUUCGCGGCCGAUCUCCGCAACAUUCUCAAGUCUGUGUUCUUAAUGAACCAGUCGCCGGAACCGGCCGAGACGGACGAGCCGGACGAGGUCGAAACCAAGCCGCAAGCCAUCGAGUACGAAGCCACUGAGGACCAAGUCAUACAGAACGGCAGCUCCUUCGACAGCGUGUACUCUGCAGAGGAAGUGUACGCGGACUCGACGCUACACGCCUCCGCUUCGGCCGGCGAUCUCACAUACACUUCGUCGAGCGCUGGGGGCGCGGAGGGCGCUGGGGGCGCGGGCGGCGCGGGGGGCGCGGAGGGCGCGGCGCGGCCGGAGCGCGCCCCCGAGUGGGUGCCGGACAUCGCGGCGCCCGCCUGCAUGCGCUGCGCUGCGCACUUCACCGCCUUCCGCCGCCGCCACCACUGCCGCAACUGUGGUAAAGUUUUUUGCGCGUCGUGCAGCUCAAACUCAAUUCCGUUGCCGCGCUACGGGCAGCUGAAGCCAGUACGCGUGUGCGACGAAUGCUUCGGCUCGAUCGCCAGCCACUGCCGCCGCCCGCCAAGCUCGCAGCGGUGAAAACCCCACACGCGCCAGCCCCUCCCCACUAGCGCCAACACAACUUGACCCAUCGGAAAGACGAUAAAAGAUCGUUGGAGCGAGAUCUAAGUAUACAUGUUAAACGUGUGAGACAGUGACGAUGGUAUAUUUCAACGCUUUUAAGACGUCACCGAGGUCUACCGAGAGUAUUAAAGUAAUAUUAUUGCGGUUGUGGAUAAUAGAUGUCGCUUUACGUCGUGUAUCGUGCUGUCAUGCUCCACAAUAAUGAUAAUGUAACUUUAAGACGUUGUGGUAGACCAUCAGUACGCGUUGUGAACGUUAUAUAAGAAGUAUGUUUGUCGGCUAUCCUCAAAGGUGUUAGAUAGGGCUCUAUAAUGGUGACAGCGAGGCGGGGUGUUGUCAUGAACAGAUAAGAUCGCGUGUCAUGUUUGCAACUUAUUUUUUUCAUUAUACGAGUUAGUUUUUACGAAGUCGCCGUCGUGUCGCAGUCGCCUUAGUAGUGCAAUAUCGGUCUUGUAACACCUACACCUACGUAAUCAUUCUACUUUCACUGACAUUUUUAAUUUUUAACUGUCUGCAAUUCAGUCCUAACCGGAAUGUCGUAUUCACAUGGUGUAAACUCGGUGUUCAAAAUCGAGUAAGUGCAACAUUAAAAUACAAUAUAACAUCAAUACGAUGGCAAUGACAUUUUAUCCUCUCGUAUUGCAGUUUUUGUUUGUAGCAGUGUAUAUUCUGUACUCCAAUACAGUAGUCUUUAGUUAACUAGUUCUUAACUGAAUAAAGUUGAACAAAUUAAAGACAAGACAUUGAAAUAAAGCUACUUUAUAACGGGACUACAGAGGUGGUAUCCUUGGUCAAGGGGGCUGGUGUUCUAAAGUCCGCAAUAUAUAUUGUUAUAUUUUUUUUAACAGAUAAGACAACGUUUUUCUUCACGCGAAACCAAUUUGACCUGGUUAUAAAUACUGUACAAUACUUUAUAUUAUUAUACUAAAGUGGCUUUUGCCCGCUACUUCGUCCGCGCGGUUGUCAUAUAACAUAAUAUACAUAUAUAAAUUAAAAAAAAUAAAGCAGCCUUAACAAAAAACUUCAACAUAUAAUACAUUUUUUAAUAAAAACAGUGACGCGGAAUUUCUCCCCGUUUUUGUAAAAUUUCUCAUUGGUAAUAUUACGUAUAAUCUUUCUCAACAAAUGGGCUAUCCAACACUAAGAAUUUUUUAUAUUGGACCACAAGUUCCUGGGAUAAGAAUGUUCAAACAAGGAAAUAAAAUCGUAAUAUAUAUAAUUCACAUGUCACGUUGUUUGUCCGCGAUUUGAUCCUAAACGACUUGCAUGCAUUCAAUCAAAUAAGCUCAAUUUGUAGUAGCAAUAUUAUUUACUUGCAAUUUUUAUCUACAACCUACCCUCCUACUUACCAUGGACGAAGUCGCGGACAGAACGACUAGUCAUACCAUAAAGUCUAAUCAAAGCUCAGACAUAAUUUCAGGUCAUUAGGUCUAGAGAAAAGUGGUGUGUUAUUUAUCAAGUUGGGUUGACAGUUAACCGCCCGUUUUUGUUCGCUGUGUUUGGUUAUGCGCGCAACAAGACGUAUCUACAUAAGUAACACGGUGCUUAGACUAGACCAAACCAAAAAUAAAAGCAAUAUUUUAAAUAUUUGGUUUAAAGCCUUUCUUUUUAUUUUUUCCGAUUCUGUAUUGUUCUAGGCACCGUGACGUAAAUAUUUUAUUCGUAUAUUAACUUUAUCAGAAGGAAAUGCAGCACUGUUGACAUUUUAUGCCUCAAUGUGUUCUCGUGUUAAAGUAAAUUUCCAGCAAAUAGAAGAUACAAUUGUUGUGUCUUCUGAAAUAGGUAACUACGACUAAUUCUGUAUGAAAUUCAGAAUAUAAUUCCAUAAUUUACUUUAUUAGAGUUUGCUAGAGUGCGCAUUAGGCUACUUCGAUUGUUUAUUUCUAUAAUAUAUUUUACCUGUCGCAUGUCUUUAAUUGUUACUGGAAGUGUGAUUAAUCUUCAGAACAUAGAUGGCUGAUCAACUUGAUUAACCUUUGGAGGGACGGGGAUCAUGACUGUCCUAUCUAAUUGACUCUGGGUUCAAAUACGUACUUUGUAGGCAUCGAGUCGACAUUGUGAUCAGAAAUUUUAUGUAUACCUAGUUGAAUUUAUAUUGACUGGUGACAGAUGUGUAAAGAGUUUUCAAUAUUUUGUUAGGUAGCUCUCUAAAACGUCGUUGUUGCUACUACUUUUGUAAAAUGAUGUUUGCAAACACUUAAGAAACUGAUAUUAAAUAUGAAAACUUAAAAAAUGAAUGUUUUCUUUUGGACCUAGCUAUAGAUCUUGCCACUGUAAUUGUAAUAAUUUUGAUUUAAAUAUCUCACCGAAAAAUAUUGUAUGUCACUUAAAAAAUAAAUAUAGAACUAAAAAAAACCGCCUCUUCGAAAAUAACGGAAAUAAUACAAGUAGUCGUUUGGAGUUUGCAAGCAAUCAUUUACAAAAAUAAAUGUUUAGAAUAUUUACUGACAUUUAUUUACCAAUUCAAUAUAUUUUGACUUUUUUUAGCUCUUGUAAUGCGAUUUCGUUUACUUCGCUCUAGAAAAAGUUUGUAUAUAUUCAAAACAGCUGAUGCGGUAUAUGCAGUGGACGUAGUGUUGCACAACUCUUGUUAUGACCUACGCGAAGUAUGUUAAUGAAGUCUCCUAUAGUUAUUCACUGCGGUGUAAUCCAUUGCCACAUUACAACUUUAAUGUGACGAUUCUACGAGUAAAGAAGAAAUUAAAAAAAGAUUCCAUAAUGUUUUAUAGCCAACGUUAGUCUUUAAGCAUUCUUUUAUUGUUAAGAUAUAAACUAUCAAUAAAUGUUUGUAAAUUU